GUCUCAGGUGUACCGAGUAUGGCCACACUCGCGGAACAUCCUUCAACACUUGCGUCUGGCGCACCGCCAGACGGCGGCUGGGCGGCUUGGAUGUCUGUUCUCGCUGGAUUCCUCGCAAUCAUGAACACAUGGGGCUUGGUCAUCUCAUUCGGUGUCUUCCAGACCUACCACGUCACCAACCUCCACCGCCCCCCCUCGGACAUCUCCUGGAUCGGCUCCAUCGCCGUCUUCCUCCUCUUCUUCGGCGGCGUCGUGAGCGGCCGCCUCACAGACGCCGGCUACUUCCGCAGCACCAUCUCCACCGGCGCCUUCCUCAUCGUGUUGGGGACGUUCAUGACCUCCCUAUCCGAGACGUAUUGGCAGCUUGUCCUCGCGCAGGGGGUCUGCAUAGGGGUCGGCAACGGGCUCCUGCUCACGCCCGUGAGCGCGGUGAUUUCCACCUACUUCAGCACCAAGCUGCCGCUUGUUAUGGGCAUAGCCGCGUGCGGCAGUGUGACGGGCGGGCUUAUCUACCCGAGCAUGGCCAGGACGCUGCUGGGGAGUGUUGGGUUUGGGUGGACGAUGCGGGCGAUUGGCUUCAUACAGCUGGAUACGCUGGCCGUGGCGGUUGCCGUGAUUACGCCGAGGCUGGCGCCAAAAUGGACGGGUGCGCUCCUGGACUUGAGUGCUUUCAAGGAGCCCGAGUUUGUCUUGAAUGCCAUCGGUUCUUUCUUGGCUUUCCUAGGCGUUUUUGUCCCAUUCUUCUACCUAUCCUCUUACGCGAGGAGCGUCCAGGGGAUGGAAUACACUGAGUCUCUGGACCUCCUGCUGGUUCUGAACGGAGUGGGCUUCGUCGGCCGGCUGCUGCCCGGUUUCGUCGCGCGCUACGUCGGCACGUUAAACGUCUUCCUUACCUCACUACUUCUGUCCGCCUUAGCAAUGUACGCGUGGAUCGCCGUGCACUCGACUCCGGGACUUUAUGCUUGGACCUCGUUUUACAGCAUAUUCGUCGGGGGCGUCCAGUCGCUGCUCCCGGCGGCGAUAUCGGUAUUAAAUCCGGACCUUCAAAAGCUGGGGUCGCGGAUGGGGAUGAUCUUCGCAGCUGUCGGAAUCGGGGCCCUUAUUGGGUCGCCAAUAGCUGGUAUUCUGAUAUCAGAGCGCGGCGGCUCGUACGUGGGCGCGCAGGCUUUCUCGGGGAGCAGUUUGGUAGUCGGCGCUCUGCUGAUCUUCGCAGCGCAAGAAGUUGGGAGGCGGAGGAAGAAGGCCGUGUAG